AUGAUCACGACCACCGAACCGACAGUCCGUUCAGCGUCAAUUUCCUUCCUAGAGGCGCCUCGGCCCGCUUUCCCUUCGCUUCAAGUCACCCUCGCUCGCGUUGCGGUCGCUCUGCCACCCACACAGCGCAGAGAGCGACAAGGAAGAGGGGAGGAAAGAGUGAGGAAGAGCACCAUGGCGCCAGUCACAUCCGCCAGCACCCAGCCCUGGGUGGAGAAGUACCGCCCAAAGCAGGUGUCUGACGUGGCACACCAGCAGGAGGUGGUGGCGACGCUCAAGAACGCACUGGCGACUGGCAAUCUGCCGCAUCUGCUCUUCUAUGGGCCGCCCGGAACAGGCAAGACGUCCACAGCGCUGGCUAUCACCAAGGAGCUCUUUGGCCCUGAGCUAUACUCGUCCCGGGUGUUGGAGCUGAACGCGAGUGACGACAGGGGCAUCAGUGUGGUGCGCACCAAGAUCAAGGACUUUGCUGGCGUUGCUGUGGGGCACGGGGUGAGCGGCUACCCGUGCCCUCCGUUCAAGGUGAUCAUUCUCGAUGAGGCUGAUUCCAUGACUGAGGAUGCUCAGAACGCUCUUCGCCGAACCAUGGAGCUCCACUCGCGCGUCACAAGAUUUGUCUUCAUCUGCAAUUACAUCAGCAGAAUCAUCGAGCCGCUGGCCUCACGAUGUGCCAAGUUCCGAUUCCGGCCGCUGGUGGGGCAGGUGAUGACUGACAGGCUCAGACACAUUGCGGACUGCGAACACCUCAAGCUCUCAGAGGAGGCCUUUGAGGCUCUGAGCCAAGUGUCGGAGGGCGAUCUCAGGCGAGCCAUCACAACGCUGCAGAGUGCUGCCAGGCUGUACGGCUCAUCCAUCUCAGCGCAACACAUCAUUGAAGUGUCAGGGGUGGUGCCUGCCUCAGUUGUCACCUCCAUCCUCGAGGCCUGCAGGGGAGGUGCUUUUGAAGCUGUUCAGUCUGCUGUCACUGCUGCUGUUGCUGACGGUUACCCUGCUGCGCAAAUACUCUCCCAGCUAUUUGAUGCAGCCACGGCAGCAGACGACCUCACAGACGAGCAGAAGGCGCGCAUCUGUGCCACCAUUGCUGCUGCUGACAAGAAGACCCGCAUCUGUGCCACGAUUGCCGCCGCCGGCAACAGAACUCAGUGCCAGGGGUAUCGUCCGUAG